AGUUGGUAAAAAUCCGCCAACUGUGUGUGUGGCGCCUCAAUAAUAAUAAUAAAAAAGCUUCUUUUUACUAAAAUAUUCGAUUUCGGUUCUCUCUCAGUCUGCCAACAGCUUUAAUUGGUGAACGAAAAGAAUUUAAAUAGCUUAUUGUAAGAUUUUCAUAAGGCAGAUUAAUCUUUUUUCAAUAUGGCCCUAUUUCGGACUGUUCUGAAUGCUACAGAUAAACCAAGGGAUAGGUCUAAUUUUGACAGUAGUAUUGAGGAGGACAGAAUGGCGGAUGCGAAAAAAAGUUGGCAUAAUCGUUUAGACGACUUCUCCCCAUUCUUAGACAAUGAAACGUAUCGCGAUGAUACAACAGCCUUUGUCAGCAAUAGAAAUGGAUUACCGGUUAUGACUUAUCAAUUUGAAAUAGAGGAAUUCGACGAGGAUAGUAUGAAUUUAACAAUUGAAGAGAAUAAAUUAGUACUUGAAGUCGAUAGAACUUUUCGAAAAAAGAUUAUUCGUAAAGUUGAUAUUCCUGAACAAGUGAACAGCAAGCAGAUGUUUCGGCAAGUUGAUGGCAAAAUAAUUCGAGUAGAGAUGCCUCUUCACCUACCGCCUAGAAACGCCCCUUGUCCUCCCGGUUCUAUUCCCAUUCUUACAUCGCCGGAUGGCCGCAGAGUAAUAAGUCUACAGACAAAGUUAAGUAGCGACUUGUGCGAAGAAAACUUGAAAGUUUUUAUAGAUGAGAAUGAUAAAAGCAUUGUAAGAGUUAGAGGUAAUUAUCAAGAGAUGGUUGGUGAGCGUAGUACGCAUACAUUCAAAAAAUCUAUAAGUAAAGACUUUAAGUUACAAAACGACCUAAAGAUAUCGUCGAUAAGCCAUUCCGUAGAAAAUGACUUGCUAAAAGUAGAGAUAACAUUGGAGGACAAUGCCGAAUCGUUUAGAGCUGGUACUCCACUUACUAUACUUUAA